GUGACCCUCCCGCUUCCGUCAUCGUCUCUCCAGCCUCCACUCUUCCCCCAUCUACCCUUAUCUCCUCUCUCCUUCCUUCUCACAAGUCGUUCUCUUCUUUGCAUCCAACAUCUACAACUUUCUUUUUCAUCUUAAAUGAUGAAGUCAUUCACUCUCCUAACAGCUUCGGCGCUGUUGGGCAGUGCUGCCGCCGAGGUUCACAAGCUCAAGCUCAACAAGGUCCCUCUGUCCGAGCAACUGAGCACACACAACAUCGAUGCUCAUAUGCACAACCUGGGCCAGAAGUACAUGGGCAUUCGUCCCGACAAGCACGAGGACCUGUUCCACGACACUUCCCUAAACCCCGCUAGUGGCCAUAACGUGCUGGUUGACAACUUCCUGAAUGCUCAGUACUUCUCCGAGAUCAGCAUCGGUACUCCUCCCCAGACCUUCAAGGUUGUCCUUGACACCGGUAGCUCCAACCUGUGGGUCCCUUCUUCGCAGUGCAGCUCUAUCGCCUGCUUCCUUCACUCCAAGUAUGACUCGUCUUCUUCGAGCACCUACCAGAAGAAUGGCUCCGAGUUUGAGAUUCGCUAUGGAUCUGGCAGCCUGAGCGGCUUCGUGUCUAGGGACACCCUCCAGAUUGGUGACCUCAAGGUCGAGGGACAGGACUUUGCGGAAGCUACCAAUGAGCCUGGUCUGGCUUUUGCCUUCGGUCGCUUUGAUGGUAUUCUUGGCCUUGGCUAUGAUACCAUUUCCGUGAACAAGAUGAUCCCUCCCUUCUACCACAUGAUCAACCAGAAGCUCGUUGAUGAGCCCGUGUUUGCUUUCUACCUUGGCGAUGCCAGCAAGGAUGGCGACAACUCUGAGGCUACCUUUGGUGGUAUCGACAAGAGCCACUACACUGGCGAGCUGAUCAAGAUCCCUCUCCGCCGCAAGGCGUACUGGGAGGUCGAGCUCAACUCUAUUGCCCUCGGUAAUAACGUUGCGGAACUUGAGAACACCGGUGUCAUUCUGGACACUGGUACCUCCCUCAUUGCCCUGCCCUCCACCAUGGCUGAGCUUCUGAACAAGGAGAUCGGUGCCACCAAGGGCUUCACUGGUCAGUACAGUGUCGAGUGUGACAAGCGGGACUCGCUGCCCGACCUCACCUUCACCCUGGGCGGCCACAAGUUCACUAUUGGGCCCUUCGACUACAUCCUGGAGGUCCAGGGCUCCUGCAUCAGCAGCUUCAUGGGCAUGGACUUCCCCGAGCCCGUGGGUCCCCUCGCUAUUUUGGGUGAUGCCUUCCUGCGCCGCUGGUACAGUGUCUAUGAUGUCGGUAACAACGCUGUCGGUCUGGCCAAGGCCAAGUAAAUGCCCUAAUGCUCGAUGGUCCGGUGAGCUGUGAAUAUCAAAGAACCAGGUGACACCAAGAGAUUGCUUCGUAUAUACAUGUGGCUUCUGGGUUGAACGUAUGGUUUCAUAGCCGCACUUCAUUCGCCUAUUGCUGAGUAGCAUGUUGAUCAGGGUUUUUGUUUUUGCUGGCACAGCCCCAUCGUGAGGCCUGUCUUUCAUUGGCACUGCGAAUUGAUAUCUCUAUUGGUUAAGAUCUACUUAUUACAUUUGACCUUGUUAUUGGAUAA